AUGAGAGGGGUAGGACGGAGAGGAAGCAUCACUAACCCUUUCCGCUCGCCUCUACCCCGUCUCCGGUUCCCCAACACCCCCCUUCCCCCCCAUCAAGUCCCUUCCACUCUACCUGAGGCACCUUCCGUUCCCUUUGCUAUGCUAUUUUACGUCCGCCACUCCUUUCUAACUAUCGCUUCUUCUCACCACGUCCUUCCCUGCGUCUCCCCUCCCCACCUCUCCCCUCCCCGCCUCUCCGUUCCCCGUCUCCCCUCCCCACCUCUCCCCUCCCCGCCUCUCCGUUCCCCGUCUCCCCUCCCCGCCUCUCCCCUCACCCGCCCCCCUCUCUUCGCCCGCUCCUCCCGCCCUCCGCUCUUCCCCUCCCCCCCACCCCGUGUGAGGCGGGGCGGCAGGCGGUCGCGGGAGCCAGCGGACUGGCUGAACAAGCUGCUCGUGCUGCUCUGGCCCAACGUGCUGCACCCGCGCACGCUCGCCGCCACGCAGGCCGCCAUGCAGGUGAGCUGGCACGCCAUGCAGGUGAGCUGGCUCGCCAUGCAGGUGAGCUGGCACGCCAUGCAGGUGAGCUGGCACGCCAUGCAGGUGAGCUGGCACGCCAUGCAGUAUACACUGCCCCAUACGUGCACAGCACUCCCCCUCGUAGUAGUACAUGUUCCGCCGCGUGCUGUCUUCACUUCACCCUCGUCCUCCCUCCUCUGCCCGUGUGUGCGUCGCCCCCACCAACAGAGCAUCAUGGACAGGGAUGUGCCGCCACACGUGCAAUCCGUGGAGAUUCUCGAGAUGGAUUUCGGCGAUGCAGCGCCGCAAGUGGGUCCUCUCGGCCUGUUCUGUGGCGGUGCGCUGCUGUGGUCGUUUGUGCGGCCGCCCGCCGUGUCCUUCUCCCUCGCCCUGCACCACCACACCAACGCCGACGCCGCCCUCUUCCUCAUCGCUGGCUUCGACGAGUGGCUGACGCGAGUGUUCUCGUCCUACAUAGCAACCCAUGCCGUUGACCCAGUCAAACAGCUGCUACCCCUCACCUUCCCUCCUCCCUCCCUCUCUCCCCCGCUCCGCCCCUCCUCCUCCCCGCUCCCCUCCCCCCCGUUGUGGGCGGCUACCUCUCGCUCUCCCUCCUCUCCGCGUCCAAUCUCGUCCCCUUCCAACUCCUCUCAUCCCAACCCAUCCCUUUCCAACUCCUUGCCCCUUCCCUCCCUCCCCCCACCCCCCAUCUCCCACCCCCCACUCUCCCAGAUCCGCAUUCGCCUCUCUCCACCCUCCUGGCUCUCCUCCCCGGCCCCCACACCCUCACUCCCCUUCACUCCGCCACCCCUCUUCCCUCCUCCGCACCUCAUUCCUUCCCUCCUCGCCUCCUCCUCUCCCUCCUCCUCCUCGGUGCCCGCCCUCCCGCCCGCGCCUCCCGCGUUCACGGGGCGCAGCAUCCGAGUGACGGUGGUGGAGGGCCGGCGCGUGUGGGAGAGCAGGGACGGGAGAGCAACGGGCGUGGGCAUGGGGGGCAAGGGCGCGGGGGGAGGAGUGCCGGGGAUAGUGGUGGAGGUGGAGUAUGGCAAGCAACGCGUGCGCACGAGGGCCAUCCCAGACGCCAACCCCGUGUGGGGCGACGCGCUGCAGCUGCGCGAGGUGGCGGGGGCGGCGCCCCUGCUGCACGUGCGCUGCCUGGCCUUCUCCUCACUCGCGCCCUGGUCGCCCAUCGCCCUCGGCCACGCCUCUUUCUUCCUCCACCCGGCAGCGCUGCAGGGCGAUGCGGGGCUGUGGCUGCCCAUGGGUGGGGCGGGGGGCUCAGGCGACGUGCACCUCAUGCUGGCGCUCGAGCCACCGCAUGCACAGGGGCCAGGGGCAGGCGCAACAGCAGCAGUGGGAGGAGGGGGAGGGGGAGAAGGAGUGGCGGUGGAUGGUGGCGCGGGCGUGGAUGGUAGCGCUAGCACUGGCAAGCGACCAAGCAGUGUUCUUAAGGCCCUGUCACGCAAGGACCGUGCAGUGUCGUCGCGGCGGCUGCAGGUGACAGUGGUGGGCGUGCGUGGGCUGGCAUCACACCCCGCUGUCGUGGCAGCCAAGGGAAAGGCACCCGACACGUACGCCACCGUGCGCUAUGGCGCUACCAAGCGCCGCACCAAGGUGGUGCAUCGCAGUCUAGCCCCGGAGUGGCAAGCGCUAUUUGACCUGCCAGACACGGGAGAGGAGUUGGAGGUCACGGUUAAGGAGCCCCACGGCCUUGCCCUCGCCCUCUCCACCGCCCUCCCCCUGGGGUCCUGCCGCGUGGACUAUAGCGGCCUGCGCCCAGGGUCCUCCCAGGAGUUGUGA